AAGCAGCAGCUUUUCGCUACUUCCCGAGUAUUUUGUGAGAACUUCGUGAGUUCCGGUGUGCGUCUCUGGUAGAUUCUUCUUCUUCUUCUUCAACCUGCGAUCGUUCAUCGCUUCAAGCGCGAUCCGAAUCCGCAUUCGCGUUCGCAUUGGCCGCCAUUGAUUGGAUCGCCAGCCUCACAGCCUCUCCUUCCCGCAUCGAGUUUCCCCAUCCCUUUUUCAUGAAGUCGCGUCUCCUCCGAAGAUGAGCGGCCGGAUAGGAGGAGGAAGGGAGAGGCCUCGGAGGCUUGAGGAUAGGAGCUCCUCGGGGCAGAGCGGCGCGCCCCCGUCUAGGCAUCUGUGGGUCGGGAAUUUGUCUCAUUCCAUUUCGGAAGGCGAUCUCGUCCGCCCAUUCCUGCGGUUCGGGGAGCUCGAGAGUGUUGCUUUUCAACCGGGACGUAGCUAUGCUUUCGUUAACUUCAAAAUUGAGGACGGAGCAAUUGCUGCCCUGAAAGCGCUCCAAGGCUUUCCUCUCGCUGGCAGUCCACUUAGAAUUGAGUUUGCAAAGGUGGACAAGUCCUCUGUCCCGUCACACAAUGAGGAGUAUUUUGAACAUAAUAGUGAACAACGCCCUUCGUCAAGGGAAUCUCCUCUCUUGCAAAAGGACUCUAGGGUUCGCCAUUCUAGUCCUGAACCUUUUCAUCUCGAUAGACCCAAGAUGAAUGAUAAAGCUGCAGAACCUAGCGAGGUUUUAUGGAUAGGAUUUCCAGCUUCGUUGAAGGUGGAUGAAACAAUAUUAGGAAAGGCCUUCUCGCCAUUUGGUGAGAUUGAGAGGAUCACCACAUUUCCAGGGCGCACUUAUGCCUUUGUUCGGUUUAUAAAUUUAAUAUCUGCUUGCAGGGCAAAAGAGACUCUCCAAGGAAAGUUAUUUGGAAAUCCUCGUGUGCAUAUAUGUUUUGCAAAAAAUGAAUCGGGCUCGUCUAGUGGUGGAAGGAGCUCGAUAAGUGGUCCUCUCUCUCCCCGUUACCAAUCUAAUGGUCGCCAUGGAUCUUCGGAGAGCUUUUGGCACGAUAUGGACAAUGCUGGCUUAACUGGAAAUCCUAGUGUCAGGUCUCCUCGUACUUUCACAGACUUGGAUUCCGAAGGUCACGAUGGUUAUGAAUUCAGUAGAAAGGGUAAUUUGAGGAGGAAUGGUUUUAGUUCCCUGGAGCACAGAAGAUUUGGAGAAGAGGAGUCUGAAUCGAGGCCAUCACAUAGUGUGUAUGAAUUCCGUGGCAGUCCAAAGAGAGAUUGGGAUCCUCACCUUCCAUAUCCUAAUCAAGGAUUUUCUCAAACAGGUGCAUUUUACGAAGAUCAAUGGGACAUACUGGAGGAAGUCGACGUCCUUCAUGGGCCAAAGAGACUGAAGAGUAAUGCUUAUCCUCCUGACAAUGAGCUACCAGAGUUUCAACUCUCUGAUUUAAGACGUGAGAAUCAAGCUUUUUCUCAUGUAUUAUCUGACUCUGUUCGAUCUGAUCCCUUUGGCAUCGAGUAUGAGCAGAUGGUUAGAAGGAGUGACCAUCCAAGAGCCUCUUACGAAAAUAUUCAGACAGGUUCUGGUUCACUGCCAACAGUAAAUGUUGAGAGGAAAAGAAUUACUCCAGAGAUUAAACAGUCUUCAGUAAAAGAGUGGAAAUGGGAAGGUACCAUAGCAAAGGGAGGAUCUCCUGUAUGUCGUGCUCGAUGCUUUCCUGUGGGAAAAGUGCUUGACAUCUUGCUGCCGAAAUUCUUGGAUUGCACAGCUAGGACUGGUCUUGAGAUGCUGGCAAAGCAUUAUUACCAAGCAUCCGCUACUUGGGUUGUCUUUUUUGUCCCUGGAACUGAUGCUGAUAUUGGGUUCUAUAAUGAGUUUAUGCAUUAUCUGGAGGAGAAGCAGCGAGCAGCUGUUGCUAAGUUAGAUGAAAGAAACACUUUGUUUCUUGUGCCACCAUCUGAAUUCUCGCAAAAGGUACUAAAAGUACCUGGAAAAUUAAGCAUUUCUGGUGUUGUACUGAGAUUAGAGCAACCUGGUUCCAAAUUUGGUGCUGCUUACCACCCAGAUGAGCUCGAAGACCCAAAAUUAGUGCCCUUUCCUGGGCAUUCUUUAUAUCCAAAGCCAUCAACACCUUCAAGGACACAAUUUCUAGAAACAAGUAAACUGGGGCCUGGGAAUCGAUAUUUUGCGGUUGAUGCAGCUACUUCUGUCCCAUCUGUCCCAUUUUCAAUACCACUGAAUGCUGGAACUAGUAAAUAUGAUACUUGCAGUGAGGACAGGGAUGAAUAUCUGCCCCAGCAACAAAAUCUUCUGCAAUCAAACUCGCACUAUCUGGCAACCUCAUCAGGCACAAGAAGCGCACAAUCACAACUUCCGAGCAGCACAGUUGACUCUAUACCAAGGAUGGUGCAAUUGAGUGCAAACUCUGGAGUUCCUUUAUCUGGAAACGACAAUAUGCCUGUUCGGGAUAGGGAAGCCCUGAUUCAAUCAUCAACACCUCUUCUGAGCCUACAACCUGAACAACUUUCUCAGUUGGCAUCUCUUCUUGGACAACAGAGGCAAAGCAUUCCAAACAUUUCUGGAGGAAAAUCAGAUGGUUAUAGUUCCCAGGACGUGAAGGCAACUUCUUCCGAGCUUCCUGUGUCUCACUAUGGUGAAGUCCAGCCGUUCCACCAGCAGCAGCAUCCACAGCAUCUAUUAAACCUAUCUGCUGCCUCGAAAGAACUUAAGGCUGGUGCUCAGGGGAGUCAACAGGUGUCUAGUAGUGGUUCGCAAGAAGCUGAAGCAGAUCCGCAGAAACGUCUCCAAGCAACGCUGCAGCUUGCAGCUGCUCUUCUUCAACAGAUCCAACAAGGCAACAAAGGUUCUUAAAUAGGCAACAUGUAUCUAGGUGGGCUUAAAUGCUGUUCAGCUAAGGACAUAGAAGGGUUGAUGAAACGGUAUGCAUGGCAAUAACGCAACAAAUAUCGUCACUAAGUAUAGGUUUCCCCUGGAUAGUUUAAUUGUCAAUCUGCUGUGACUUCUUGCGGUGAUGAUUAUCUGCUCUCUUUUUCGCUUGACUGACAAGAUGUUGGUUUAAUAAGUUAUAAGUGUUCAUUUUGGUCC